AUGCAGCACAAUUAUAGCAUUCAUAUAGCACGCCUCCAACGACCUCCACCCGUGCAGCACAAUGAUAUCAUUCAUAUAGCAUGCCUCCAACGACCUCCACCCAUGCAGCACAAUUAUAUCAUUCAUAUAGCAUGCCUCCAACGACCUCCAGCCGUGCAGCACAAUUAUAGCAUUCAUAUAGCCUGCCUCCAACAACCUCCACCCGUGCAGCACAAUGAUAUCAUUCAUAUAGCAUGCCUCCAACGACCUCCACCCGUGCAGCACAAUUAUAGCAUUCAUAUAGCCUGCCUCCAACGACCUCCAGCCGUGCAGCACAAUUAUAGCAUUCAUAUAGCACGCCUCCAACGACCUCCAGCCAUGCAGUACAAUUAUAGCAUUCAUAUAGCACGCCUCCAACGACUUCCAGCCGUGCAGCACAACUAUAGCAUUCAUAUAGCAUGCCUCCAACGACCUCCAGCUGUGCAGCACAAUUAUAGCAUUCAUAUAGCAUGCCUCCAACGACCUCCAGCUGUGCAGCACAAUUAUAGCAUUCAUAUAGCAAGCCUCCAACGACCUCCAGCCGUGCAGCACAAUUAUAGCAUUCAUAUAGCAUGCCUCCAACGACCUCCAGCCGUGCAGUACAAUUAUAGCAUUCAUACAGCAUGCCUCCAACGACCUCCAGCCGUGCAGCACAAUUAUAGCAUUCAUAUAGCAAGCCUCCAACGACCUCCAGCCGUGCAGCACAAUUAUAGCAUUCAUAUAGCAUGCCUCCAACGACCUCCAGCCGUGCAGCACAAUUAUAGCAUUCAUAUAGCAUGCCUCCAACGACCUCCAGCCGUGCAGCACAAUUAUAGCAUUCAUAUAGCACGCCUCCAACGACCUCCAGCCAUGCAGCACAAUUAUAGCAUUCAUAUUGAAUGCCUCCAACGACCUCCACCCGUGCAGCACAAUUAUAUCAUUCAUAUAGCAUGCCUCCAACAACCUCCACCCGUGCAGCACAAUUAUAGCAUUCAUAUAGCAUGCCUCCAACGACCUCCAGCUGUGCAGCACAAUUAUAUCAUUCAUAUAGCAUGCCUCCAACGACCUCCAGCCGUGCAGCACAAUUAUAGCAUUCAUAUAGCAUGCCUCCAACGACCUCCAGCCGUGCAGCACAAUUAUAGCCUUCAUAUAGCAAGCCUCCAACGACCUCCAGCCGUGCAGCACAAAUAUAGCAUUCAUAUAGCACGCCUCCAACGACCUCCAGCCGUGCAGCACAUUUAUAGCAUUCAUAUAGCCUGCCUCCAACGACCUCCAGCCGUGCAGCACAAUUAUAGCAUUCAUAUAGCCUGCCUCCAACAACCUCCACCCAUGCAGCACAAUUAUAGCAUUCAUAUAGCCUGCCUCCAACGACUUCCACCCGUGCAGCACAAUUAUAGCAUUCAUAUAGCAUGCCUCCAACGACCUCCAGCCGUGCAGCACAAUUAUAGCCUUCAUAUAGCAAGCCUCCAACGACCUCCAGCCGUGCAGCACAAUUAUAGCAUUCAUAUAGCAUGCCUCCAACGACCUCCAGCCGUGCAGCACAAUUAUAGCAUUCAUAUAGCAUGCCUCCACCCGUGCAGCACAAUUAUAUCAUUCAUAUAG